AGGUUGCUUAGUGGGAAAAAGAGAAAAGAAAAAUGAUUGGUACGAAGGAUUAUAAGUCUUUUUCGGUCAUUUGAGUCACUUAGGCUCAUAUCACUCUCUGCACUUUCUCAUGGUUUCUCAAUAGAACCUUAUUCUUUCUCCUCACUCUCAAGAGAAAAUUUAGGAAAAAAUUUUUGUGAAUUAAUCGUAGGAAUAUAUGUCCUUCAAUCAAUCAACGUCGGAUAAGAACGAGACGCAGUACCGGAAAACAGGGCGAUCCGCAAGCUCUAAUCAGCAGCACAGGGGAUACUCACCCGCUUACCCUAAGGGCACCGGCGCCACUGUAAGUGUAACCAAUGUAAGUCCUCAGGUUUCCGGUAUGGCUCCUGCACAACGUGGCGGCGUACAAAAUGGAGCUCAUGCACAGCCCCAAUUGCAUGCCCCAGGGGCUGCGUCCAAGGGCGUUUCCAUUCAGGUUGGGAUGUCCAUGCCAAUGCCAUUUCAUCAGCCACAGGUUCCGGUGCAAUUUGGUGGCCCCAACCAGCAGAUCCAAUAUCAGAGUAUGAGCACCAGUUCAAUUCAAAUGCCAAUGCCUAUGCAAUUACCAAUUCGUAGUACUCAAGUACAGCAGCCAGUUUUUGAUCCAGGUCUCCAGCCCCAUCCAAUGCAGCCCCAGGGAAUUAUGCAUCAGAGCCAGAACUUGACUUUUACCCCCCAAAUGGGUCCUCAGAUACCUCAGAUGGGCAACUUGGGGAUCAGCAUGGCGUCACAAUGCCCCCAGCAACAGGGUAGCAAUUUUGGUGUUUUGAGGGAUCCGUGUUCACAGACACCAGUUCAGCAGCAUGUUAGAGGGAUCCUGCCUGGGCCUGCUCACUCUGUUGGUCAUCAGGGAGGGAUGCAAAGAAAUAAUUCUGAAGCCGACAGGUGGCAGAGAGCUACGAAUUUUCAACCUAAGGGCUUGAUGCCUUCUCCUCAUACUCCAUUACAGGUGAUGCACCAAUCUGACAGGAAGAAUGGAGUGGGUAAAGUGCGUGAUGAAGAGCAGGCCAAGCAAAGGCAGUUAAGGGCUAUACUGAACAAGUUAACUCCUCAAAACUUUGAAAAACUAUUCGAGCAAGUGAAAGCUGUUAAUAUAGAUAAUGCAACAACUCUAACUGGUGUCGUUUCACAGAUCUUUGACAAGGCUCUUAUGCGGCCUACAUUCUGUGAGAUGUAUGCUAACUUCUGUUUUUAUCUUGCCGGAGAGUUGCCUGAUUUCAGUGAAGACAAUGAAAAGAUAACUUUUAGGAGAUUGCUUUUGAACAAGUGCCAGGAGGAAUUUGAGAGGGGAGAAAGAGAGCAAGAGGAGGCCAAUAAGGCUGAUGAGGAGGGUCAGGUAAAACAGUCUGAAGAAGAAAGAGAGGAGAAAAGAAUCAAGGGGCGAAGAAGAAUGUUGGGUAACAUUAGCUUGAUUGGGGAGCUAUACAAAAAGAGAAUGUUGACCGAGAGAGUAAUGCACGAAUGCAUUAAAAAGAUGUUAGGUCAGCAACAGACUCCAGAUGAGGGCGAUAUUGAAGCUUUGUGCAAACUAAUGAGCACAAUUGGGGAGAUGAUUGAUCAUCCGAAAGCCAAGGAGCACAUGGAUGCAUAUUUUGAAAGGAUGAAAAGCUUAUCGAAUAACUUGAAAUUAUCUUCUAGGGUUAGGUUCAUGUUGAAGGAUGCAAUUGAUUUGAGAAAGAAUAAAUGGCAGCAGAGGAGCAAAGUUGAAGGACCAAAAAAGAUUGAGGAAGUGCACAGAGAUGCUGCACAAGAACUACAGGCACAGUCUAGUAGGCUGGCCCGUGGUCCUGGAAUCAAUCCAUCAGCUAGAAGGGGGCCUCCUAUGGAAUUCAGUCCAAGAGGAUCGACUAUGUUAUCUUCACCUAAUGCCCACAUGAAAUUAACUCCUCAAAACUAUGAAAAACUAUUCGAGCAAAGGCACCAAGCUGACAGGAAGAAUGAAGUGGGUAAAGUGAGUGAUGAAGAGCAGGUCAAGCAAAGGCAGUUAAAGGCUAUAGUGAACAAGUUAACUCCUCAAAACUUUGAAAAACUAUUCGAGCAAGUGAAAGCUGUUAAUAUAGAUAAUGCGACUACUCUAACUGGUGUCAUUUCACAUAUCUUUGACAAGGCUCUUAUGGAGCCUACUCUCUGUGAGAUGUAUGCUAACUUCUGUUUUUAUCUUGCCGGAGAGUUGCCUGAUUUCAGUGAAGACAAUGAAAAGAUAACUUUUAGGAGAUUGCUUUUGAACAAGUGCCAGGAGGAAUUUGAGAGGGGAGAAAGAGAGCAAGAGGAGGCCAAUAAGGCUGAUGAGGAGGGUCAGGUAAAACAGUCUGAAGAAGAAAGAGAGGAGAAAAGAAUCAAGGGGCGAAGAAGAAUGUUGGGUAACAUUAGCUUGAUUGGGGAGCUAUACAAAAAGAGAAUGUUGAUCGAGAGAGUAAUGCACGAAUGCAUUAAAAAGAUGUUAGGUCAGCAACAGACUCCAGAUGAGGGCGAUAUUGAAGCUUUGUGCAAACUAAUGAGCACAAUUGGGGAGAUGAUUGAUCAUCCGAAAGCCAAGGAGCACAUGGAUGCAUAUUUUGAAAGGAUGAAAAGCUUAUCGAAUAACUUGAAAUUAUCUUCUAGGGUUAGGUUCAUGUUGAAGGAUGCAAUUGAUUUGAGAAAGAAUAAAUGGCAGCAGAGGAGCAAAGUUGAAGGACCAAAAAAGAUUGAGGAAGUGCACAGAGAUGCUGCACAAGAACUACAGGCACAGUCUAGUAGGCUGGCGCGUGGUCCUGGAAUCAAUCCAUCAGCUAGAAGGGGGCCUCGUAUGGAAUUCAGUCCAAGAGGAUCGACUAUGUUAUCUUCACCUAAUGCCCACAUGAAAUUAACUCCUCAAAACUAUGAAAAACUAUUCGAGCAAAGGCACCAAGCUGACAGGAAGAAUGAAGUGGGUAAAGUGAGUGAUGAAGAGCAGGUCAAGCAAAGGCAGUUAAAGGCUAUAGUGAACAAGUUAACUCCUCAAAACUUUGAAAAACUAUUCGAGCAAGUGAAAGCUGUUAAUAUAGAUAAUGCGACUACUCUAACUGGUGUCAUUUCACAUAUCUUUGACAAGGCUCUUAUGGAGCCUACUCUCUGUGAGAUGUAUGCUAACUUCUGUUUUUAUCUUGCCGGAGAGUUGCCUGAUUUCAGUGAAGACAAUGAAAAGAUAACUUUUAGGAGAUUGCUUUUGAACAAGUGCCAGGAGGAAUUUGAGAGGGGAGAAAGAGAGCAAGAGGAGGCCAAUAAGGCCGAUGAGGAGGGUCAGGUAAAACAGUCUGAAGAAGAAAGAGAGGAGAAAAGAAUCAAAGGGCGAAGACGAAUGUGGGGUAACAUUAGAUUAAUUGGGGAGCUAUACAAAAAGAAAAUGUUGACUGAGAGAAUUAUGCACGAAUGCAUUAAAAAGAUGUUAGGUCAGCAACAGACUCCAGAUGAGGAAGAUAUUGAAGCUUUGUGCAAACUAAUGAGCACAAUUGGGGAGAUGAUUGAUCAUCCGAAAGCCAAGGAGCACAUGGAUGCAUAUUUUGAAAGGAUGAAAAGCUUAUCGAAUAACAUGAAAUUAUCUUCUAGGGUUAGGUUCAUGUUGAAGGAUGCAAUUGAUUUGAGAAAGAGUAAAUGGCAGCAGAGGAGCAAAGUUGAAGGACCAAAAAAGAUUGAGGAAGUGCACAGAGAUGCUGCACAAGAACUACAGGCACAAUCUAGUAGGCUGGCCCGUGGUCCUGGAAUCAAUCCAUCAGCUAGAAGGCGGCCUCGUAUGGAAUUCAGUCCAAGAGGAUCGACUAUGUUAUCUUCACCUAAUGCCCACAUGAAAUUAACUCCUCAAAACUAUGAAAAACUAUUCGAGCAAAGGCACCAAGCUGACAGGAAGAAUGAAGUGGGUAAAGUGAGUGAUGAAGAGCAGGUCAAGCAAAGGCAGUUAAAGGCUAUAGUGAACAAGUUAACUCCUCAAAACUUUGAAAAACUAUUCGAGCAAGUGAAAGCUGUUAAUAUAGAUAAUGCGACUACUCUAACUGGUGUCAUUUCACAUAUCUUUGACAAGGCUCUUAUGGAGCCUACUCUCUGUGAGAUGUAUGCUAACUUCUGUUUUUAUCUUGCCGGAGAGUUGCCUGAUUUCAGUGAAGACAAUGAAAAGAUAACUUUUAGGAGAUUGCUUUUGAACAAGUGCCAGGAGGAAUUUGAGAGGGGAGAAAGAGAGCAAGAGGAGGCCAAUAAGGCCGAUGAGGAGGGUCAGGUAAAACAGUCUGAAGAAGAAAGAGAGGAGAAAAGAAUCAAAGGGCGAAGACGAAUGUGGGGUAACAUUAGAUUAAUUGGGGAGCUAUACAAAAAGAAAAUGUUGACUGAGAGAAUUAUGCACGAAUGCAUUAAAAAGAUGUUAGGUCAGCAACAGACUCCAGAUGAGGAAGAUAUUGAAGCUUUGUGCAAACUAAUGAGCACAAUUGGGGAGAUGAUUGAUCAUCCGAAAGCCAAGGAGCACAUGGAUGCAUAUUUUGAAAGGAUGAAAAGCUUAUCGAAUAACUUGAAAUUAUCUUCUAGGGUUAGGUUCAUGUUGAAGGAUGCAAUUGAUUUGAGAAAGAAUAAAUGGCAGCAGAGGAGCAAAGUUGAAGGACCAAAAAAGAUUGAGGAAGUGCACAGAGAUGCUGCACAAGAACUACAGGCACAAUCUAGUAGGCUGGCCCGUGGUCCUGGAAUCAAUCCAUCAGCUAGAAGGCGGCCUCGUAUGGAAUUCAGUCCAAGAGGAUCGACUAUGUUUUCUUCAUCUAAUGCCCAUAUGGGUGGUUUCCGUGGGAUGCCUGCUCAGGUUCGUGGUUAUGGCAGUCAGGAUGUCCGUACAGAUGAAAGACAUUCUUAUGAGAGUAGGACCUUGUCAGUUCCCUUGACACAAAGACCAAUUGGUGAUGAUUCUAUAACUUUGGGUCCCCAGGGUGGUCUUGCCAGAGGAAUGUCCAUCAGAGGACCACCAUCAAUGUCAGCUGCUCCUUUGGCUGAAAUGCCUCCCAGUGCUGGAGACUCUAGGAGGAUGACUGCUGGUUCGAAUGGUUUCAGUUCUCUUUCAGAGCGGACAACUUACAACCCAAGGGAGGAUCCUGUGCCAAGAUAUAUGCCAGAUAGAUUUUCAGGUCCAGCUGCUUAUGAUCAGUCAAGUGUGUCAGAGCGUAAUUUAAGUUUUGGUGGUAGGGACCUGAGGAGUUCAGAUCAUAGAACUCUUCCAACUUCACCACCCACACGUGCAUAUGGAGCAGCUUUAACAAAAAAUGUUCCUUCAGAAAAUGUGUUGACUGAAGACCGUCUUAGAGAUAUGUCUUUGGCAGCAAUUAGAGAAUUUUACAGUGCUCGAGACGAGAAAGAGGUUGCCUUAUGCAUUAAAGAGUUGAACUCACCAAGCUUCCAUCCGUCGAUGAUAUCUCUUUGGAUCACAGACUCUUUUGAGAGGAAGGACGCUGAACGAGAUCUCUUGGCAAAGCUUCUAGUCAACCUUACAAAGACCAAUGAUGCAACUUUGAGUCAAUCUCAGCUCAUCAAAGGAUUUGAAACUGUUCUGUCGACCUUAGAGGAUACGGUGAUUGAUACCCCGAGAGCACCAGAGUUUCUUGGCCUUAUCUUUGCCAAGGUCAUUUUAGAGAAUGUCGUUUCCUUGAAUCAGAUCGGUCAAUUAAUACACGAAGGUGGAGAGGAGCCACGGCAUCUUCUGGAAGUCGGGCUUGCAGGCAACAUUCUUGGGAACGUCUUGGAGAUUAUCAAGUCGGAGAAGGGAGAUAACGAUUUGAACGAUAUCCGUACGUCCUCCAACUUGCGGUUGGAGACUUUUCGUCCCCCAGAUCCUCUCAAAUCAAGGAUUCUAGAGAAAUUUAUUUAGAGAUUAGUAAUGCUCAUUAUAAUCGUGCUAGAAGGAAUUCAUGAGUAGUAGUGUUCAAAAACUCAUAAUUAUAUGCCUGCAAUGAAGAACUUUUGUACCGAAACUGUGAUUACAAUAUGCAUAAUAUCGUGUAUGUAUUCUAUCUAUUAUAUCCCAAAAAAUGUAACUAUACUGCAAAUUCUUAUGUAUUUGUAAAUUAUUAAGACCUCAAAACUUUACAUUU